GAAAGCCAGACAUUAUAGAGACACAGGGACAAGGCACAGAUUCCAAGCCCACUGCAGGGAGCUUGAAACUUGGCAUCCAGAUUUUGGUCAUCAGUCAGUUCAUUCCAUUAUUCACUUCAUCACAUGAGGCAGGAAAGAUGGCUCCCAUAGCGCGCUGUGAGCCCUGAUGUUUGUUCCUGAAGAAGAAUUUGCUCCAUGCUUAUUGAUUCUUCAAUGACUGUUUUUGUGACACUCCUAGGAGAUUAUUACACUCUACCUUUCUAAUUUCCCAGCUGUGUCUUCCACUGGAUUACCAUCACUCUUGUUUGGACUGUCUUGAGCUGCCUUCAGUCAUGCUGACUGAACCGUGUGGAGCCAUGUCAGUGGGGUCAGAUGUUCGCGAUCUGACCCUCUUGCCACCAGCUCCUCCUGUGACGUCCUUACCGGGGGCUGGUGGCGGUUGCGGGAUGUCGGUUGGCGGCGGUCAGUGGACCCAACUGCUGGACCUGCACCCGGCCUCACCCUACGGCUCCCUGCCCUCCCACCACUCCCUCAUCAAACAGGAACCGGGCUGGGGGACCGCCGACCCAAUUGAUGACCCUCACUGUGGACUCGGGGCCUUCACGGUGCACUUCUCAGGCCAGUUCACAGGCUCAGGCCCCUGUCGGGUUGGGGCCUUCGGAGAACCCGCUGCAAGUCAGUCAAGGAUGUUUCCCAGUGGAGCCUACCUGCCUGGCUGUGUGGACAACAGUCCUGCACCCAGGAACCAGGGUUAUGGAGCAGUGGGUUUAGACAGCAACCCCAGCUAUGGUCACACUCCAUCCCACCACACCCCUCAGCUCUCCAGCCUGUCCUUCAAACACGAGGACACACUGUCACCGCCAAACAACAUAGUUGACCAGCAGUACCCAGCUCCUAAUCCCAUGUUUGGUUGUCAUAAUCCUGCAGAGUCUUGUCCAAGCAGCCAAGCUCUGCUGCUGAGAAACUACAACAGUGAUAACCUGUACCAAAUGGCAUCUCAGCUGGAGUGCGUAACAUGGAACCAAAUGAACACCCUGGCAUCUUCCAUGAAGAGUGGUCAUCCACCCAGCUAUGACAGUGACCCCACAGCUCCCCCUCCACCCAUGCUGGUCAGUGCCCAGUAUCACAUUCACACACAUGGGGUCUUUAGAGGACUUCAGGAUGUCAGACGGGUAUCUGGCAUUGCUCCUCCGGUCGUGAAGUCUUCAGAGGCCAGUGAGAAGCGUCCUUUUGUGUGUGCUUAUCCUGGCUGCAGCAAGAGAUACUUCAAACUGUCGCAUCUGCAGAUGCAUGGACGCAAACACACCGGAGAGAAGCCUUAUCAGUGUGAUUUCACGGACUGUGGUCGCAGAUUCUCUCGCUCAGACCAGUUAAAGAGACACCAGCGCAGACAUACAGGAGUGAAGCCCUUUCAGUGUGAGACGUGUGAGAGAAAGUUUUCACGGUCAGACCAUCUUAAGACGCACACUCGGACUCAUACAGGUAAAACAAGUGAGAAGCCCUUUACCUGCCGCUGGUCCAACUGUCAGAAGAAGUUUGCCCGCUCUGACGAGCUGGUGCGCCACCACAGCAUGCACCAGAGGAACCUGACCAAGCUGCAGCCUGCCAUCUGAGCAGCAGAGGAGGAGGAGGAGGAGGAGGAGGACGAAGAGGAAGGUGACAAUAUGCUGUGCCAGCUAGCAGAGAAAGACGCCUGGAGCCUGGUCAGCGGUUAUGGUGCCUUGCCAGACUCGCUAAAGUGGUGAGCACAGCUGACACCUGCUUCAGCCAGACAGACAACGUCAGGAGAACAGACUCACUGAUGAUCCCUGAGAUCUUCGAGACGCACCUCAGCAAGCACUCUUUCUCUCGUCUGGUUAUGUGACGUUAAAACUCUGACUUUGAGAGGGUACAAUACCAUUCUGAGCCAAGAACAACAUUUUUUUUAUUAUGUGAGAUGAGGAAAAAUGUUGAUACACUAUUUUGUAUAUUUUAGUACACUUGCACUGGCUUCUUGUUUUGUUGUUCAAACUGUCUCACCUUUAAAAAAAAAUGUGCUGGAUAUUGUGAACUGGAUUUAGGAAAUGUGUCACUUUUUGUCCAUUAUGUUAAACAGAGAUUUUUUUUCUUUUUGCUUUUGGGAAUGUCUUUAUAUCUGUAAAACUUACAUAAUACUCACCAAAUUGCUUUGUAUAUAUGUGAUGUAUUUGCUGACCUUCCUUUGGUAUUUUCUACGUUCUUGUUAUAAAAUCUCAAUUCACAUCGGU